CAAAAAGUUACUACACCUCUUCAUUUAUUGGAUGGUGCUUUGUGGGUAUAAAUAUUAAUCGAUUGAGACUAGAUGACGAUGCUAAAUGUCACUUGUUUAUCUACAUCAGAUUGCGAGCUGUCUAAUGCUAAUCCAAUAAUAGGAGCAGCAGUGGAGAAGGCAAAAUUAGGCGAAUUUCCUUUCUUUGUGACUCUAAGCGGUUCUAGUAAUAUCUCAGAUAAAGAUGCUUUUGCGGUGGUACGUUAAUCUCCAAGAAGCAUGUGAUUACGGCUGAAUACUGCAUAGACGAGAACAUCUUCAACGUUUCGUUCAUUGUCAGUGCAUCCGUAUACAAAAUGGAAUCGUGGAUCACUUACGACGAUUGGCUGAUAGAUCAUGGUAAUGCGACAAACGAUGAAAAAAACAACGGCAUUGUCAUUAUUGCAUUAUCGGAGGAUGUCAAAGACAUAAAGCCAGUAACACUUUCGAGUUUGAAAUACAAACAAGUCAUCGGCAAAAGAGUUGCGACUGUCGGCUGGGGUUCUAUUAAUGAAACAGUCAACGUGUAUCCAGAUUCGCUAAUGAAGGGCUACAUGACAGUGAUUAGUUACGACGAAUACAAAGAAAUUUCAAUGAAAACAUCGACACGAUCUUUUACUCACAGUCAUAGCAUUUACUAUACAUUAGCAAGUCCAACUGUCGCUUUAGGUUACGGUGAUAGCGGAGGUCCUUUAGUUGUGAUAUCAGACAACUCACUAGUUGGCGUCGCUGUCGGUAUAUUUAAACCGCCAUUGAUUAGCUCAGAUGUACCUGUAAUAUCAUGUUUCAUAAGUGUAGAUUAUUAUAGACAUUAUAUCAUGGACGUUAUCAAGGAGGCCUAUACUAUGUAACAUAAAAUAAUUUUGAAAAAUGCAUAGCCCUAUCUGUCAUUUUGGUAUAAUAAAUUGAUAUGCUAUAACACCGUGUACAAAUAGGUUGUUACAAAAAUUGAUUUAAUGUAUCACGCAAGAAAUAGCCAUUCACAAGAUUAAGAAGCAUCGCAAAACUAUUGCAGCGAUCUAAGAAGAAGGGAAGAAACGUAUAAAGCGUGCGAUCCUUCCGAUUCUACAUAGCCUUACAAUCCGUGUCCUUGCUUAUAUAUAUGGCCGAGACUCGAAGAAUGUCAACCCUCAGUGCACCUACACUUUGACCUCGGGGCCAUACAAGAGACAGCGUAUAAAAAAGCAAGAUAAAAAGGCCUGCAGCUCCUCGGCGUGGACCCAUGCUGUGCGUGAGCGUGCACGCUUGUUAGCCAGCAAAAGCAGUGACCGCUGAGGCUAUUGUUGUAUUUUUUCGAUACACCGCCUGCUCGACUCGCUGUUCGACAUUGCUUUUGUCAAUGCGGGAGUCGCGGGCAUGUCUCUUGCCCGAGAAUACCAUGUUUUUGAUGUUUGCAGUUGUAUCACUGCGCGCGUGGCUCUGGCUGCUCGCGCUCGGAUUCUCUCCAUGUAUAGAAAUUUAUUUAUUUAUUUAUGUGUUCGGAUCAAAGGACUUCCCAAUGAAUUAUCCUGUACUUUUAUAAUGACCUCAUUAUGCUGGGA